AUGAGCGCAACAUCCACACGCUCCUCUCUGCCGCGUCGCUGCUUCUUCUUUUUAUUCUCGCUUCAUUGGAAAGGCAAACGCCGGGAGUCUGCUUUCAGAGCCAGACCCGGGAUGGGCUCUCUGGUGGCCCUGCGGACUGUCCUGGUACUGGGCCUGGUGACCGGACUGGCGGGAUGCGCCCUCGGCUUGAACGGCACAGCGGAGCGCUGGGAGGCCCUCUACUCCCGGUCUCUGGCGCGGCUCCCAGGGGAGAAGAGGGAGGAGACCAGCCGGGACAGCGACUAUCUCCUGGGCAUUAAAAGGUUGCGGCGCCUCUAUUGCAACGUGGGGAUCGGCUUUCAUAUUCAGGUGUUACCGGACGGUAGAAUAACGGGAGUACACAAUGAAAAUGGUCACAGUCUUCUGCAGAUCUCUCCGGUGGAGAGAGGAGUGGUGACUCUGCUGGGCGCUGGCAGCAGACUCUUUGUGGCCAUGAACCGGAGAGGAAAGCUGUACGGAUCUUUACACUACAACAACGAGUGCAAGUUCAAAGAGAAGCUCCUUGCCAACAACUACAAUGCCUACGAGUCAGUGGCUUACCCGAGGAUGUACAUCGGCCUGAGUAAGAACGGCAAAACAAAAAGAGGAAACCGAGUGUCACCCGCCAUGACGGUGACACAUUUCUUGCCAAGAAUCUAG